CCGGCCCGGCGAGCACUGUGGCCUGAGACCCCAACGCCCGGGAGCCCUGCGGACUCGGCACUGGACUGUGUCCCCCUGUGCAUUGGGGCUGGGCUGGGCUUUGGCAAACACCCCGUCCGGCUGGAUCGGCGCUGGGCACCUGCGCGCUGCUGGCCGGGCGCCACUGAGGCUCGGAUCUGCCCCUGCCCUGCUCCGGCCAUCUGCCCUUCCGCUCUCACCUUGGCAACAUGCUGCCCCGGCCGGUCCGCCUUCUGCACGGCUCCGUCACUCCCCUCUUCUGCCUCCUGGUGCUGCUGGUGACCUUGCCCCCGGGGGCGCCCACCUGCCCCAUGCUGUGCACCUGCUACUUCUCCCCACCCACGGUCAGCUGCCAAGCCAACAACUUCUCGUCGGUGCCCCAGGUGCUGCCUCCCAACGCCCAGCGCCUCUUCCUACAGAACAACCUGAUUGGGGCACUGCGGGCGGGCACCUUUGGGCCCAGCACCAUCACCCUCUGGCUGUACUCCAACAACAUCUCCUCCAUCCAGCCCGGCACUUUCCACCACCUGCCCGCCCUGGAGGAGCUGGACCUGGGGGACAACCGCCACCUGCGCAGCCUGGACCCCGACACCUUCUGGGGCCUGGAGCGGCUGCAGUCCCUGCACCUCUACCGCUGCCAGCUCAGCAGCCUGCCCAGUACCCUCUUCCGCAGCCUCUUCAGCCUCCAGUACCUGUACCUGCAGGAGAACAACCUGCUCUACCUCCAGGACGACCUGUUUGUGGACCUGGCCAACCUGAGCCACCUCUUCCUGCACGGGAACAAGAUCCGUGUGCUGUCGGAGCACGUGUUCCGGGGGCUGGGGGGGCUGGACCGGCUGCUGCUGCACGUCAACCGGCUGCACUCGGUGCACCGCUGGGCCUUCCGGGACCUGGCCAAGCUCACCAUCCUCUACCUGUUCAACAACAGCCUGGCGACGCUGCCAGGCGAGACGCUGGCCGAGCUGCCCUCGCUGGAGUUCCUGCGCCUCAACAACAACCCCUGGGCCUGCGACUGCCGCGCCCGCUCCUUGUGGGCCUGGUUCCAGCACGCCCGCGUCUCCAGCUCGGAUGUGGCCUGCACCAGCCCACCUGAGCGCCAGGGUCGUGACCUGCGCCAUCUGAGCCCGGCUGAUUUCAGAGACUGCCCCCCAGCCCGGCCUGCGGGGGGCACCAAGCCCAAGUGGGGUGGGGAGGCCGAGGCAGGCCAGCCCCACAGCAACAGCUCCUCCAACCACCUGUACGGGCUAGGGGAAGCUGGGGCACCCCCUGCUGACCCCUCCUCCUUCUACCGGGACCUGCCGGCCAGCGACAUCCGCAGCCCCAAGUAUGACUCCCCCACGGAGGUGGACUACUGGGCUGGCUAUGGUAGUGAGGAGGGCCGGCUCAAGGAGGGCUGCACCGGGCCUGGCUGCUCCCCACUGGACUCUGGGGCCUGUUGGCCAGGUAUACUGCCCGCAGUCCUCCCCCCACUCCUGCUGCUGCUGCUGGGCCCCCCCGGGCUCUGACCCAGCCCCACCAGACUGCCCCGGACUGAGCAAGGACAGCGACUAUGGGAGGACAGGCCCUAAAUAACUGCCCCCAUGGCACUGAGGCUGAGGGGGUCAGGCCUGAGCCUGCCUCGGUUUCUCCCCACACACACCUGCCGUUGUGGGCAGCUGGCUAGUGGAAACGUGGAGUUUGGGUAACGAGUGCUUUCCUGAUGCCCAGCAGGUUUCUGCUGCUUAUCUGCUUGUGGAGGGAAGCCCACCACUGCAAACAGGACCCCCAAGGAACCCUCUACUGGCACCCCCAACUUCCCUCCCCAUUGGGGGGUGGGGUUCCUGGAGGUGUAGGGGCCCAACACUCCCAUCUGAUCCCCCCCAAACAGACCCUUCCAUGCUAGCCCCCAACCCCAUUGACAUUGCUCACUGCCUCCCCCACACCAUCUCUCCACCCUGGGUAGAGCCCCCCCACUUCCUAUGUGACAAGCUGUGCAGGGGGACCAACUGUUGGAUGCUUCCUGCCCCCAGAGGUCCACAGCAUGGCCCCUAGGAGUUAGGGCCCCCUCCUCCAGGAGAGCGGGGGGAUCAGUGCCCUUCUAAUCCUCUCACUGUCCUCUCCAAGCCACACCACCCCCUGCUCCCACAUGCCCACAACUGUCCCCCCAGCCCAUUGCCUGCACCCCUAUAUCCCCACUCCAAGCUACUUCCUCCCACCACACCAAGCCAGAGAGAGAGAGCAGUGUCCCCUCCCUCACAGUGCACCUCUCCAACCUAGUGACCCCAGCCCCUUCUUUCCCUGUCCCAUGUGCCCCCGCCCCCAUCUCCAUGUUCCUGGACUGGCCCUCAGGGAUGAAAGCUCGUUCCUUCUCCCCCUUCCUUCCCUGAAUCUGGUGGGAUCCGCCCCCCCUCAAACCCUGCUCUGCGGCUCUGACCUUCCUCCUGCCCCUUUACCGACAUGUCUGCUGCUGGAUGUUUUUCUGCUGCUCGCCCCGCCCCCCCUUCUAACAAGCAAAAAAAAAGGGGUGGGGGGUUUGGAAAAUUAUUUAUUAAAAUUCUAUUAUUUUAGA